AUGGGUAGAUAUUAUAAAAGAAAAACCCAGAAAGCAAAAUGGACGCAAGAGGAACUUUGUAAGGCUCUUGAUGCCAUUAAUUCUGGAAGAAAAAUAAGAGAAGUAUCAAGAGCUUUCAGGAUUCAUGAAGCUACUCUGCGAACAAGAAUGAACAUUAAAAAUACUGAGGGUCCAAAACUUGGAAGAUACCCAACAUUUUCGACAGAACAGGAAAAUGAGAUUAGGGAUCAUGUUAUUACAAUGUCCAAGCUGUUCUAUGGCAUUACAUGCAUCCAGCUGCGAAAGAUUGUAUUUGAGUAUGCAGAGCCUAACAACACUGCAAACAAUUUUGAUAAGUCAUGUAGGUUAGCUGGAAAGCAUUGGCUAGCUCUAUUUUUAAAAAGAAACCCAAGUAUUAGCAUGAGAGAACCUGAAGCAAUUAGCAUUAACAGAAUACAGGCAUUUAAUGAAGAAGAGCUUAAUGCAUAUUUUAAAAACUUAGAACAUGUCUUUGAAAAAUAUAAAUUUAAAGAGGGGCGAGUGUUCAACGUCGAUGAAAGGGGCAUAAAUACUGUACAAAAGCCCGAGAGAAUUUUGGCUCCUAAAGGUGUUAAACAAAUAGGUGGGGCCACAUCUUGGUUAAGGGGGAAAAACGUGACUGUGUUAUGUUGUUUCGGUGUUGCUGGUACCUACAUCCGCCCUAUGUUUAUCCUCCCCAGGAAGAGGAUGUCAAAUCUCUUAAGUAAAGAUGGACCAGUUGGAGCAAUAUAUGGUUGUUCCGUCAGUGGCUGGUCCAAUGAGUCCAACAUUUUCAGAACAAUGUAA